ACAAACCGCUCUAGAAAGCAAACAUUAUUCUUGCUUUAUGUUUACUGUCACCUUCAUUGUCAUCUGAGGCGGCAAACGCCGCCAUAGAAUCCGGCGGUGCCAGCGAUCUCGAUCCACGUUGCCCUCUUUGCUUCCCUUAUUCUCUACGCAGCCCUUCGCCCUUUCGCUCCUGCCUUUUUCCCUCGUUUCCUUCAUAGGAUUUCAGCGGCCUGUGCCCUCAUAGGGAAGCAGGAGAAAUGCGGACUGCUAGGGCGAUAAGUUGGGCUGUUGAGGCCGACGCGACGGUGGGAUUGGUGAAUGCGAUCGCUGGAAAGGGAUUGCAGUGGUGGAACGAGAUUAACGAAUCGGAUGAAUGGCAGCGAUGGUUAUACUAUACCCUGUGUGGUUGUUAUUGCUUUACAUCUCUCGUUGCGCUGGUGCAAAUUAUCCGCAUACAGUUCAGAGUUCCAGAAUAUGGUUGGACAACUCAAAAACUUUUCCACUUGAUGAAUUUUUUUGUCAAUGGAUUGCGUGCUCUUCUCUUUGGGUUUUACCCGAAUGUUUUUGUUCUCAAACCUAAGGUUCUUGAGAUAGCACUUUUUGAUCUUCCCAGUCUACUCUUCUUUUCAACAUACACUCUACUUGUGCUGUUUUGGGCAGAAAUAUAUCAUCAGGCUCGAAGUCAACCAGCUGAUAAGCUUAGACCUGCCUAUAUAAUAAUUAAUACUAUCGUGUAUGUGAUACAGAUUUGGAUUUGGGUAUAUAUAAAAGCUAGUCCAAGGUCUAUUGCUGGUGAUAUGGCUAAGCUCUUCUUAUCAGUUCUCUCGUUCUUUGCUGCUCUGGGCUUCCUAAUAUAUGGUGGAAGAUUGUUCCUUAUGCUGUGGCGUUUUCCUAUUGAAUCCAAAGGCCGAAGCAAAAAGCUGAAUGAGGUUGGUUAUUUAACCGGGAUAUGCAGUACCUGUUUCCUGAUAAGGUGCAUUAUGGUUGCUAUUUCAGAAUGUGACAAGGAUGCUGACAUUGAUGUUCUCGAUCAUCCAAUUCUAAACUUCGUGUACUACAUGUUGGUUGAGAUUCUUCCAUCUUCUAUUGCGCUCUUCAUCCUGCGGAAGUUACCUCCCAAGCGAGUUUCACACCACUAUCAUCCAAUUCACUAAAUGCUUGGGCCACCUCUCAGUCUGAAAGACCUCCAAUCUGAGCUACAAUUGGAGCCACUCAGGAAUUCCGGAAUGAGGCCGUUCAAUAACCUCUCCUGGCGCUGAAUCUAACAAUUUUAUCGGCAAAACGUUACCCCCUUACCAACCUAAACCCUAUAUAGUCCAGCGUUCAAUGUGGUUCUGUAAAUUGUCUUAAUUUUCUAAAUUACUGUUCUGAAAAUGAUUAUAUAUCGUCUUCUAAUAAAGUUGUUUUGCUUUUUUUUUUAUU